GUGUGGUAAUAUUUUUAUCAUUUUUGCACCCGUGUGGUCGCGAGUGGUCCCGUGUGGUCGCGAGUGGUUCCGUGUGGUAUUUAGUAGGACCGGACCAAAACAAAUAAUGUCUGUUCCCUCAAGACCGAAUACGCGGUCGCGAAGAAAUGUUCAACAAACUAAACAAGAGGUUAAAGUAACUCCAAGCCCCUCUGCACCAAAACGACGAAGGGGUGGUUCGACUUCAACUACUCCAACUAAAACUACAAACACAGUUGUAACCAGUAUUUCUCCAGCUCCAAAAGAAGUUCUCCCUCAAGCAACAGUGAUAGAAAAAUCCACAAAAAGUGCAGAACAGUUUGAGAUUGAGGUGAAAUCAAGCUGCAGUGAGCAAACUAACAACACUACAGUCAGUUUACCAAGAUUGGUCGAUCCUAAACUAUCAUUUAAAGACCCAAAUUAUUUGUAUGAUAAAACUGCUGGAAGGAGAAAAAGCAAAGGUUGGAAGAGUCUAAGACAGAUUGCAGCAGCUGAACGAGCAUUACCAGGGAGACAGGGUCAAUCAACAUAUGGUAGUAUUGAUGCUCCGCCAAGUUUUAAACCAUCCAAGAAAUAUUCAGAUAUCUCGGGUUUAGAAGCCAAGUACACAGACCCUCAAACUAAAUUACGGUAUACCAAUGCUGAGGAAUAUUCAAGAAUCAGUUUACUACCGAUGGACAUAGUGAAUGGUUUGCUAAGUCUAAGAAAAGCUAACAGUAUUGUGCCCUGAAUAAAUUUUAGACCAAAGAAGGC